GCUACCCCUUUGUUCGACGAAAUGUCAGGGUCGCCUCGUUUAACUGUCGAGUAAAAACGUUCAGUUUGGGAAUAAAAAAUGUCUGCAGACUCUCCAAGGCGUGGUGUGCACAAAGGAGCUCAAGUUGUAUCACCGCAGCCUAUAGUUGAUCGUUCAAUUAUAGACAGUGUUGCUGGCAUUAUUAAUGAUAUAGUUCCACAGGCUUAUGCUGGCACACCAAAUUCCGAUAACAAGGAGUCUAUAUCAUGGGCACGGUUUGAGUAUGCAGACAUUAAUGAUCCAGCCCUAUAUCCAGACUACAACGAAGGCUCUAAUACACCACCUUUGUUAUUGGUGCUUGGUUACGCAACUGGAGUACAGGUAUGGUUGAUAGCAGCAACAGGAGAAGCAAGUGAAGUGUUAUCAUGGCGACAGGGAGUGGUUCGCACUCUGAGAAUUCUACCAAAUCCAAAGACUGACGAUGAACACACCGAUUCGUUUGAUUCUAAACGGCCGAUGGUGGCAAUAUGUGAUUCAGCUGGACCUGGACCACAAUUUUGCAACAUUAGUUUCAUUUCGCUGAAAACUGGGGAACAAGCAAAAAGCAUAAAGUUUAAAAAUCCGGUUUGCGACAUUUUGGCGAAUAAGCGAUCCAUAGUAGUAACAUUUUUAGAAAAGAUUGCAGUGUUUGAUGCUCGAACAUUGGAGGAUGUGUUAACAGUCACGACCUGCUAUGCCAGUCCUGGUCCAAACCCGAAUCCUAUUGCUUUAGGGACAAGAUGGCUUGCUUACAGCGAAAAGAAUUUGCUACCAGCGAAAAGAAGCAGUGGAGGUUGCGAAGGAGAAGGAGUUCAAAGUUACACCGCGACUGUUCUUUACGCUGCAAAAUCUUUGGGGAAAGGUUUACGUGGUUUGGGCGAAACUGUUGCGUCAAGUUUAACCGGUAAUUCAGUAUCGCCAGUAGUCAUCAAUAACACGGGCAAUGAUGUGACCCAACCAGGGGUGAUAACGAUACUAGAUCUCCAAGCAGCAAAAGAGGAAAAAGAAUUAGAUGAUGCAAAUAUAGAGACUGUAAUUGCUCAUUUUACUGCCCAUAGCGAUGCAAUCGUUGCUAUGACCUUUGAUUCAAGCGGUGCAUUGUUGAUGACCGCCGACAAAAGGGGGCAUGAUUUUCAUGUAUUUAGAAUUCAGCCGCAUCCAGGCGGCCCUACUCUAGCAGCAGUACACCAUUUGUAUAUUUUACAUCGCGGAGAUACCACUGCAAAAGUGCAGGAUAUGGUAUUCUCGAGCGAUACACGUUGGGCGGCAAUAUCAACUGUAAGGGGCACCACUCACGUGUUUCCGGUUGCACCCUAUGGCGGACCGGUGGGUGUACGCACCCAUUCCACGCCUCAUGUUGUAAAUAGACUUUCCAGAUUUCAUAGAAGCGCAGGUUUAACCGACGAUGGUACCAGAUCUCAUUCGCCUGUGUCCCAUUCAGAGUUGCCUUUGUCAGUGUAUCCGUACUCCAAUCCAAGACUUCCUCCGUAUCCCCAUCCAACUGUAUUGCAUCCUUUGGCACAGAUUCGGCAGCCAUCUUCGUUAAAUCACGUGAACAGCCAAGCUCAACAGAGUAGGCCACAACAAAGACAACGAUUGCACUCCGAUGACAGUGGAACUCUACCAUUGAAAAUAUGCGCUUGCUUUGCACCACCGAGAGCAUGGAUGUAUGCACAAAGGGAAUCUACCGUCAAAGUUAUGAAGAGGGCAGUCGAUUCUCUGUUUAUCAUGGCGUGCCAUGGAAACAUGAUACAAUACGAUUUAGAACCGAAACCAGCAGCAGGUGUACCAAAAGAAAAAGUGUGCGACGAUACAAUGAUCGAAUUGGAAGUUGAAGCGAAGGGUCAGUGGCCUCUAAUAAGAUCACCAAAUUCGUUAGAAAUUGUGCCACCUUUACCAACAUCUAGCCCGUUGCUAAGUGUCGUCAGUUUACCAAAAGACAUUCAAGAUAUGGACUUCGCGGAGGAUCGUUGGUUAAGCCAAGUCGAGAUCGUAACACACGCUGGUCCACACAGACGGCUUUGGAUGGGGCCACAGUUCGUUUUCAAGACCUACAACGCAACUAGCGGGGCACCUGUGAAUCUGGUUGAAGCCGAGGCUAUUGAAAUCGGCGUAACCGGUGGCUCUCGUCCAGCGAGAUCGAAUCCUGUUAAUAUGCCGCACGCCACGUCUAGAUCGUUGGUACCCGUGGUUAUCGACGGAUCAGGAAGUAGUUACGAGCAAUCUCCAAGAUUCAUGGAAGCUUACGGCGACUCCUUGGAGAGCGAGACCACGGGCGUCGGUGGUGGCGAGAAUCAGCUGAGGGAGGAUCUGGCCGAAGCGAUGCUAGAAACCUCCAUCGCGCCUCAUCGUGCACCAGGUAGGCGAACGGUAUUUGAGAGGGUGGGUCAGCCGGUAACUAAAGUCGUCAACCCAUUGGGCACCGUGAUUACCGUGUCGGCCGAUGAGGAGGACGUACACUCCAGUCAGGAGUUCGAUACAGGGACGGGGAGCAACCUGAUCCCGGAACCACCUAGGAGCGUGUGCGCCGAGGAGGGUCCUGCGUCCCUUAGCGAUCUAGAGCCGGAGAGCCAGACUCUACGCGAUCUGACGGAGAUCUGCGCGGAGAUGCGUUCCGCCAGCGAGCCAGCGAUCGACAGCGUGCCCGACGAGAACAUACGCGAGGUGAAAGAGAGAAAAGCUUUGUGCGUGGAGAUCGCCGCGAUCACGAAUCCGGGCGGUGGUUCGUCGAUCGAUUUCGAGAAAGAAGAAGCGUUCAAGGAUGUUCCAACGAGCUUGAGCCUUUGCGCUGAACCAGGUGAGAUACCGAGCAGCCCGAUGACUCAGGCUAAGGAGAACGCUUGGUGCAAGAGGCACGACAGAAGGGAAGAAAAGGCGCACGAGAAAAGCAUGUCAGAGGCCCAAUAUGUCGUUAAUUGUGACGAUGAGAGCGUUGUGCUGAUGGAGAACAAGCUGGCGGAUGGACGUAGAAAUGCGGCGCAUUGUAAGUCUGAGAACAAGAAAGCUUGCGAAUCGGAGAGGCCCAAUAAGAGGAGGAAUGGGGGAUCUGGUGCUAGUUCUGGGAAGAAGGUAGAGCCUAAGGCUCCCGUGAAGAAGUAUAUUUUGAAGGAACACGAGGAUAGCGUCAUUAUUGAGGACACCGCGUGCGAGGAAUCGAGAGGUAGCUGCGGAAAAAAGAAAGGCUGUGAGAAGAGCACAGCUGGAGGAGACAUAAAGGGAAAGAAUAUAGAGAGCAAGAGUAGUGGAGAAACUUUGAAGGACACAGGAAAGUCUAAGGGUAAAUCGAAGUCUUCCAUGGUUCAGGAAGCGAAAGCUGAUGUUGAAGUGGAGAGUAGAAAGUCGGAGAAACGGGUGGAGCCGAUCGUAGAGCUGGAAUGUGCGAUCGGGGAGAAGAAGGAGGUAGCUAAAAUGGAGACGUUCGUUGAGAUGGACACUUAUAAAUCGCCGCCGUCGGAUUCAGCUGAUGAUUUCAGUUCCAGCGAGUAUCACAUAGUCGAAACCGCUUGUUGCAAUAAAGACAGCACUCUGGUACAGUCUGACGAGGAUAUCGAGCAUAUUCAGAGCUCUGAAAUCAACCAGUUGCAGCAGGGUGAAUGUUUCGGUGGCGGCAAAUGCGUGGACGAUCUGUGCUGCGAGGAUUCCUCGCCGAUUCUACGGCGAAAGAAUAGUAAAAACACAAUAUCUGACGACGAUCUGGAGUAUAUACAUUCUAUGGAGCUGGUCGAAACACCCGACAAGAAGUGCGACGACGAUCUGAAGCUGGAGAUUGAGAAGGAAAGCGAUCACGACUCGAACGCCAGCAAACGUACCUUCUCGGACGACGAUUUGGAGCACGUGCAACAUUCUGACGUCUGCGCUAUAAUGUCUGACGUGACUAAAGAUGGCAGGGUUAUACGAAAGACCCAAGAGACUCCAUUGGAACAGGCUAGCAUAUCGAAGAGUUCGAAGAAGUCGAAGGACAUAGUGGUGAUCGAGAGCGACACGUCAGCCGCGGACGUCACUGUGAUCGUUAAACCGCCUGACAGUCGAAGAAGCAAGAACACAGAAAAGAAAGAAGAACCCGAGGAGUCUGUGAAAGACCCAGGACCCAGUGAGAACCCGAGUCCCUUGAAGAAACUGAAAACUCGACAGACAAAAACGUCACCUUCGAACGUCCCUCCGAAACGUUCCCCAGCAGGGAUCGAGAUCAUCGACAUCGACGCGAUGCAGAAGGCUGAGAUGCAGGUCCUGACCGACACAACAACCGCCCCCGAAUGUAAAAUCCUGUCUGGAGCAGAAGUCACCGGGACACGAACGAAGAAAUCACGGAAAAAUAAGAAAUCGAACGCUGAGAACGCAGCCAGCUCAGAGGUUUUUGAGCCCGCGAAGAUUAUCGAGGAAACUUGGAAAGAAUCGUGUUCCCAAGAAGCUACAGAGUUCUCCUGGAGCGCUAUAGUCAAGAAGAAAAGUAUAUCCUUGGAGCCUGAACCGCAGAAGGAGGAAGAGAAAUUCGUCGAGAUCGAGGAAACGAUCGUCGCAACGGAGGUCGUGGAACGUGGGGUCACGGCUAAAGAUUCAGGGAAGAGAAAGGGACAGGAUUCCACGUCGAGGAAGAGUUGCCAGGUGAUCGACAAGCUACGAGAGGCUGUGGCAGAAAGUGGAACUCAUGAUUCUAGCUACGAGAGACUCUGGCCGAUCGCCACGAAGAAGACCAGCGUCCCUUCGGAGCAAGAAGAAAAGAAUGAUCCACGACAAAGCAGCAAUGAAAGCAUCGAAGAAACACCUGUUCCCAUCGAAGAACGAAAGGCCCGUCGAAGGAACGUCGAUACUUCUGUUCGAUCCUCUACAGUGACCGACAAGUUCCAUGAGACUGCAGUGGAAACAGAUUCCACAGUAUCUCCAACAGCGGAGCUCUCUUGGAGCUGGGUUCUCAAGAAAAAGAAUAGCUUCUCUACAGAGAGCGAAGGUAAGAAGGAGCCCGAUUCAGACCAAACUGUAGAAGAACCGAUGAUCCAGCGCGAAGAAAAGAAGUCUCGUCGAAGACAGGUCGCAGAGUCUUCCUGUCGAGCUUCGAUCAUCGACGAGGUGGUUGUUGCAGAGACCACAGAAGAGUCCAUAGCUCAGGUGAGAGGCGGUUCGUGGAGUUCGAUCGUGAAGAAGAAAGCUUCAUCGGAGUCAUUACCCACUGGUGAGGAGAAAGUCCGAAAGAAGUACGAUCUUGCCUCCGAUUCGUUGGAAUCUGACAGGAAUCACGAGGCAAAAACAUCGGAGAGCAAAGUCUCUUCGGUCGAUCCACUCGUGGGCAGCGGUCCCCUAGUAGAUCUUUCGAGUCCAUCGAUCAAACUGGAGGACACGAAAUCGGAGAAAAACUCGAAGCUCGAGACGAUCAACGAGAAAGGUAACGACGACGGGAAGUUGAUAAGCGAACCGACGUUCACGAAGGAGGACUCGUCCGAAAGGGAUCCUGAGAAGAGGAGCGACUCCGAACAGGAUGUUGUCCCCGAGCGUUCCAGCUCCUCCGACGAGCUGAACGCCAAUGUUGUGUUCACGAACACGGAGGGCGAUUGCACGAGCCGGGAGGUGGUCGAGCGUGGCUCGAACUCGCUGGCGGCCACCUCAAAGAAAGGCAACAGGUCGAAGAAGAAAAAACGCAGAUGAGUAGAGGAUUGCAUGGAUGUACCCAGGGCCAGCCUUGCCCUCUAUAUUCUACUGAUGCAAGUCGC